UCAACAUGCGGGAUGGACGGCGGUGUUGACUGUAGCCAACGUGUGACAUGAGAAAUAAGUAGUAUACGCCGCCUGUACUCUCUACAUCACUUCUUUUUGGGGCAUUUCUCACGGGCAAGAUGGCAAAUACCAACCUUCAGUUCAAAACCAAUUAUGCUGUUUCCAACAAGAUCGAGCCAUUUUACAAAGGGGGAAAAGUGCAGAUCAGCAAAGAUGAGAAAUACAUCUUUUGCACCUGUGGCUCUCGAGUCAAUGUUUUGGAGAUCAGCACUGGCAAGAUCAUUCACUGUGUUGAGCAUGAUGAUCAAGAGGACAUCACGGCAUUUGCUCUCAGCUGUGAUGAUGAGAUGCUGGUAACAGCCAGCCGGGCGCUGCUGCUUAAGCAGUGGGAUUGGAGGCAGGCUAACUGCACUCGGUCCUGGAGGGCUAUUCACACUGUUCCCGUAGCUACUAUGACCUUUGACUCCACCUCUACUCUGCUAGCCACAGUGUGCAGUUUGGUCCAGUUCCACCCAAAUACCGACCUGCUGCAGCUUUUCUCUUCCUCUUUGGACUGUGGCAUCCGGAUAUGGGACCUGCGCUCCAGCCAGUGUGUGUGUGUCCUGCAGAGCCACUACAGUGCUGUGACAUCUCUUAGCUUCAGUCCCGAUGGUAACGCCAUGGUCAGUUCUGGCAGAGACAAGAUCUGCACAGUUUGGGACCUGAAAACUCGCAAAGCCAAGAGAACUGUUCCAGUCUAUGAGGCUGUGGAGGGUGUUGUAAUUCUUCCUGGAAGUACAGACUUGGCUGAGAUCGGAGUAAAGAGCAAGGACUUGCAUUUCAUUACAGCUGGAAGCAAAGGUGUAUUAAGGGUGUGGGAGGCCAGCACGGCACGUUGUGUCUACACGCAGACCCUUCCCUCCACCCUCCCCUCUUCCUCUGAGGAGGAUGAGAACGACAAUCCCCGCAGUCUGACAUACUUGUUUCACCUGCCCGCCUCAGCUAGACUGGCCACAGUCACUGCAGAGCACAACAUACUGCUGUAUCAGCUGCCUGCUCUCACCACACAGCAGCAAUUUGUGGGCUACAGUGACGAGGUGCUGGACGUGAAGUUCCUGGGAAAAGGUGACAGUCACAUCGUGGUGGCCACCAACAGCUGCCAGCUGAAGGUUUUUGAGCUGCUCACCAACAGCUGCCAGAUCCUCUACGGACACACAGAUACGGUCCUCACACUGGAUGUGUUCAAAAAAGGAUCUCUUUUUGCAAGUUGUGCAAAGGACAGGUCAGUGCGUGUGUGGCAUAUGGACAGUGACAGUGGUCAGGUGCGAUGUGUGGCUCAGGGCUCCGGCCACACCAACGCUGUGGGCUCCAUCGCCUGCUCCAGGAUGAAGGCAUCAUUCGUUGCGACUGGUAGUCAGGACUGUACCGUGAAGGUGUGGGAUCUACCUGCAGACUGCUCUGCAGAAGGAGGCAUCCAUCAGCUAACUGCCCGUGCCACAGAGAAAGCACAUGAUAAGGAUGUAAACAGUGUUGCCGUAUCACCCAAUGACAAGCUGCUGGCUUCAGGUUCCCAGGAUCGCACAGCCAAGCUGUGGUCCUUGACGGGGGAGGGAACGGUGAGCCUGCUGGGGGUGUUUCGGGGCCACCGUCGUGGCGUCUGGGCCGUUUGCUUCUCUCCUGUGGACCAAGUGCUGGCCACCACCUCUGCAGACGGCACAGCCAAGCUGUGGAGCCUGCAAGACUUCAGCUGCCUCAAGACAUUUGAGGGCCACGAUGCAUCGGUUCUUAAGGUCAUCUUUGUGAGCCGAGGCACUCAGCUGCUCACCAGUGGCUCCGAUGGUUUAGUGAAGCUGUGGACCAUCAAGACCAAUGAGUGUGUGAAGACACUGGAUGCCCACCAGGACAAAGUGUGGGGUCUCCACGCCAGUCGCAAGGAUGACAAGAUGGUUACUGGCUCAGCAGACUCUAACAUCACAGUGUGGUCGGAUGUGACUGAAAUAGAGCUGGCAGAGGAGCAGGCGAAACAGGAAGAUCAGAUACUAAAGCAGCAAGAGUUGUCCAAUCUGCUCCACGGGAAGAAAUAUCUGAAGGCCUUGGGUCUCGCCAUCUCACUGGACCAGCCUCACACCGUGCUCACUGUUAUCAAAGCGAUCCGUGAAGGAGAGAAUAGCUCCGAGCUGUUGGAAAAGACGCUGCUGAAGCUUCGACAGGAUCAAAAAGAGUCACUUCUGCGCUAUUGUGUGGUGUGGAACACCAACGCCAGGAACUGCCUGAAUGCCCAGGCUGUCCUACAGGUGCUCCUCACACACCUGCCCCCCGAAGAGCUGCUGCAGUACCAGGGAGCCCGAUCACACCUUGAGGGCCUCAUUCCAUACACAGAGAGACACAUGCAGAGGAUUGGGCGUCUGCUGCAGGCCUCCAUGUUCUUGAACUACAUGUGGCAGAAAAUGAGAGUGGCCGGAGCGCCGUCCAGUAUGGGCCAAGAUGAAGACAUGGAUACGACACCUCUGGCACAGGCUCAGCCUUUCUUUGUGAUCGACAAGGAGAAAAAGAGCGACAGCGACGAGAGACGAGACGAAGGCAACGACAGCGACAGUGAACAAGACGAAGAUCCAGAUUCCUGUGUUGAAGAUGAAGAGGAGCUCGAGGAUGUCAGUGCCACCAACAAAGCCUCCACCGACAACGGGCGAGUAGAAAACGGAGCAAGCCCCAAAACUAACAGCAAGCACCACUCUGAGAGCGAGGAGAGCUCUGAAGAGGAAGACCAGGAGGAGGAAACGACAGUUAAAAAGACAAAAGGUCUCCCAGUUUCUUCGGCUCAACAGUGCCAGACUUUUGCCAGCUGACAGGAAUCAGUUUGGAAACAACAGGUUUUCUUAUCUCAGAUUAUUGGCAGCUGGAGACAGUUCAGAUGUGAAAUGAUAACAUUUGUUAGGACGGCUUCUCUACAGACUUUGAGUCAUGUGCCAAAGCAUCAGCUCCUCCAUGCAGAUUUUAAUGACCCUGACUUCUUCAGACAAAAAAGAGGAAAAGGGGACGAGCAGGAGGAGGAAACCUGGACCAUCUUCACACUCACCACAUGCCAGUGUGUUGCUCUGCAGUAGUGCAAUGUCCUGAUCUACUAGCUCAACUAUUUGAACACACUUUUAUGUAACCCAGACAGCAGUUUCCUCAUAUAACCAUGGAGUAUUUUGUUUUGUUUUUAAAGAGGUUGUGACUGCAAAUGUUAAUAAAAUCA